AUGUAUUCAAGUUCAGACACAGCAUCCAAGGAUGCCUCUCCCCCAAGAUUCCAACCAUUGGCCAUCUGUGGCAUGUCAACACGCCUUCCUGGCGGAAUCAGCUCUCCAGAAGAUCUAUGGGAAUUCUUGUUGAACAAGGGAGAUGCAUGUGCUAGGAUUCCCCCCUCACGAUGGGCCACUCAUGGGCCCCAGGGAAACUCUCCGGGUCAAGAUGCAGAGAGCACCGACAUGCCGGACACACCACACUGGAAAACCCACUCGUACAUGCUGAACGAUGUCGACAUUGGGGCUUUUGAUGCUGGUCUCUUUUCCAUGACACGAGCCGAGUUGGGCAUGGUAGAUCCUCAGCAACGCCUUCUUCUAGAGAUCACUCGUGAAUGUCUAGAGAGCGCUGGUGAGAUGCAAUGGCGAGGCAAAGAUAUAGGGGUAUACAUUGGUUCGUUGGGAGAAGAUUGGAACGACGUGCAAUACCACGACCGACAUGAUUUACACACGUAUAAACUCACCGGGACUGGAGAUUUCGUUCUGUCGAAUAGAAUCUCCUACGAGUACGAUCUCCGGGGACCCAGCCUGACGGUGAGGACAGCUUGCUCUUCAUCUUUAUACGGCCUGGAUCUGGCCUGCCAGGCGAUUCACACAGGCCAGGCAUCCAGCGCCCUAGUUGGUGGUGUAAACCUAAUGACGAAUCCUGCCAAAACUGAGACGAUGGUGCACUUCGGGGUACUUAGCAAAGGCGUCUCGUCAAAGUCAUUUGAUGCCGACGCUGACGGUUAUGCCCGCGGGGAAGCCGUGUCCAUGAUCUAUAUCAAGAAGCUAGAGGACGCUAUUCGCGAUGGCAACCCAAUCAGAGCCGUGAUCCGCUCCGCGGUAAGUAAUGCGGAUGGGAAGACCUCGGGCCUAACGAAGCCCAGCGGCGCAAUUCAUGAAUCUCUCAUACGCUCCGCGUAUCGUGCUGCCGGUCUCGAAAGCGAGAUAGGGCGUACCGGAUUCUUCGAGUGCCACGCCACCGGCACCUCGAGUGGAGAUCCCCAGGAAGCUGGCGCGGUGGGCAGAAUCUUCAAGGCCCACGGGGGGAUUUACAUGGGAUCUAUAAAGCCUAACCUCGGCCAUGCUGAAGGUGCUUCAGGACUUAGUUCGCUCAUGAAAUGCGUUAUGGCCUUGGAACACAAAACGAUACCACCCAACAUCAAGCUGAACAAACCUAACCCGAACAUCCCGUUCAAAAGGGCUGGGCUCCGUGUUCCCCUAGACGCCGUCCCGUGGCCACAGGACCGCUCCGAACGCACGAGCAUCAACUCAUUUGGCGUUGGCGGGGCCAACUCUCAUGUCAUUCUCGAAUCUGCCGCCUCAUUUGGGGUGCCAUCAAGUGCUUCUGCUACCUCAAAUGGGGUUCAUCCUACCUCAAAUGGGGUUCAUCCUACCUCAAAUGGGGUUCAUCCUACCUCAAAUGAGAUUCAUCCUACUCCAAAUGGGAUCCAUCCUACUCCAAAUGGUAUUCAUCCUACUCCAAAUGGUAUUCAUCCUAUCUCAAAUGGGGUUCAUCCCACUACAAACGGCCAUUCUGCAACCAAUGGACAUGUUACUAUUAAUGGAGAAGAUGCUCCGGCUAAUGGAGGUUCUACUAUUACAAACGGCGCAGGAACUAUUGGGAAGAACGCCCAAACUAAACCCAGUCGGCUUAUACCGUUCACGGCAAAUGACGCCGAUUCAGCCCGUCAAGGCGCCGUCAAGCUCAGCAGCUUUCUUGCUAGCCACUCGGACCAGCUAGAUGAUGCCGCCUACACAAUCGGGAUGCGGAGGCAACACUUUCCGUAUCGUUCUUUUACCGUGGUAAACAAGGAAGAUGCUGUCGGCCAAGUGACAUUUUCGGCCCCUAUACGGGCCUCCCCAUUACAACGCACAGUUGUAUUUGUCUUUACCGGACAAGGUUCCCAGUGGCCCACGAUGGGGUCCGCACUGCUCUCGGACUACCACACAGCCAUGGAGGAUGUUCUGCGCAUGGACAAGGCGCUGGCUUCACUAGGCCAAGACGUUGCCCCUACGUGGACUCUGGCAGAGCAACUCAGGCUGCCCAAGGAAAGCAGUCAAGUAUACAAGGCAGACUUCUCCCAACCUCUGUGCACGGCUAUCCAAAUUAUCAUAGUCAAUCUUCUGCGGAGCUGGGGCAUCCAGUGCGCCGCCGUCAUCGGGCAUUCGAGUGGGGAGAUCGCGGCGGCCUACGCUGCUGGAGCUCUGAGCAUGGACGAGGCCAUCAUCUGUGCCUAUCUGCGUGGAAGGGCCACGACCAAGUACCGGACCAAGAUGCCACAGGGACGAGGCGGUAUGGCGGCCGUUGGUCUUGGGUCGACGCAGGUUCAGAAAUACUUGACUGACGGGGUUGUGAUCGCUUGUGAAAACAGUCCCCUGAGCACCACAAUAUCGGGAGAUGAUGACAAGUUGACCGAGGUCCUUGAUGCCAUUAAAAAGGACCAACCUGAGGUGUUCGCUAGGCGCCUCGCCGUGGAUAUGGCCUACCACUCUCACCACAUGAAGCUAAUUGGCUCGGAUUAUGAGAAGGAUCUUGCACCACACAUACAGAGCAAAUGGCCAUUGGUUAAGUUCCUUUCCACAGUAACCAAUGAAGUGAUAGAGGUGGACGGUGCGCUCGGUGCCGCAUACUGGCGAUCUAAUCUGGAAUCCCCCGUCCUCUUCAACACAGGACUGAAAACACUUCUCCAGCAGACGGGAGGCAAUACUGUGUUGAUCGAAAUAGGACCACACUCUGCACUUUCAGGGCCCAUCCGACAGAUUCUCAAUGAGACUUACAACAAAUCGCCUCCUCUAUAUGUUCCUACACUGAUUCGCUCCGAGAACGAAAGCAAGGCGCUACUCACCACGGCUGGUCAACUCUUCUGUCAGGGCCAGAGGCUGCGCUUUGAUGCCAUCAACCCUAUCGGCCAUGUUCUCCCUACGCUGCCCACCUACCCGUGGAAUCACGGUACUAGCUACUGGUACGAGAGCCGCGUCUCGCGUGAGUAUCGGGGCCGUCACUUCGCUCACCACCCCAUCAUCGGUAGUCGAGUUGCCGAAGCCAGUUCUUUGGAGCCUCUCUGGCGCAACUGGCUCCGGAUCGAGGACAUCGAAUGGUGUCAGGACCAUAGGAUUGGUAGCGAUGUCGUGUUUCCGGGAACUGGCUAUCUUGCGAUGGCAGGUGAGGCCUUGCGACAACUCUGCCCAGAGGCUCAAGAUAUCUCCUUCCGGCAAGUGACCAUUCUCUCAGCGCUGGUUCUGGGAGGAACCGAGGCCACGGAGACCCUUCUGUCAAUGUGUCGGCACAAGGUAACCAACCACCUAGACUCAGCAUGGUGGGAAUUCAGCAUCUCGUCCUACAACGAGACGUCACAGCUAUGGGCCAAGCACGCUUUCGGUCAGGUCCGAGACGGCAGAAGCGAGAGCGACGAUGGCCGUGACCAGAAGAUCGUCCACUUGCCACAUGAAGUCGACGCGAGAUACUGGUACAACACAAUGCGAAGCGUGGGGCAAAAUUACGGCACGCGAUUCCAGAGGCUUGAUCGCAUUUCAACUCACCUUCUCGACAACGAGGCUGUGGCCGACCUGAAACCGGACGAGACGGACCCCAACUACCUGUUCUUGCACCCGGCGACCUCGGAUGCCUGUAUGCAGCUCUUCUCGGCCGCCAUGGCGCACGGCCAGGCCCGCUCCUUGCACGUCAAGGCAGUUCCAACCUACAUUGGCGAGGCUUAUUUCAAAAGGACGAGCGCCCACAACGGGAGCAAGAUAACGGUCGGAGCAUCCAUCAACAACCAGAUACCCGGAUCGCCAAUGGUUGGCACUUGUGUUGCAGUAGACGCGGCUAACGCGGUUGUGCUCCGCCUCAAGGAUGUGAAAUUGACACCGCUGGAUGAGGGUGAGAAUGAUGCCACGUCUCAGCAACAGCAGCAGCAACAGGUUCCCAAUGGCAGCCAGGAUCCUCAUGCCGGCGCCCGGCUCCGGUGGCGGCCCGACUUCGACUUUCAGGAUGCCGCCCAACUCAUACGAUCACAAUCCUCCUCGGACGGCAUGGUUGUACGAAAGCAGGCUUACUACCUGCUCCAGAAACUUCUACUCUUGUGCUGCGUGACGGCUCAAGACCAAUACGGGCAGAUUCAACCCUCGAAGCCAUACCUGGCUGAGUUCCAGAAGUGGAUGACUCAACAAGCAACUCAAGUCAGGGAUGCAAGUGCCCAGAACGGGGAUGGAGACGAUGAUGUCGUCUACCCACUGGUGAAGCGCCGUGAAUCACAGGAAUUUCUCGGCCUCAAUCAGGAACAGCGCGCCACUCUUAUUAAGGAGUUGGUUGAAGAUCUGCGCGAGACAGAAUACGGCCAUGUUGGCAAACUUAUUCAUCGAGUAUACCUUGGCCUCGGGGACCUAUUGAAUGGCCAUCGCGACGGUCUAGAGAUUCUCCGCCAGGAAGAAAAAGAACAAGAUGUUGAUGCUGACCGUGACGAGGGCGAGGAAGAAGAGGAUCCGUUAACGAACAUCUACAACAUUAGCAACCAAGGUUGGAACUACGCCCCUUUCCUCGAGCUCCUGAGCCACCGCACCCCCCAUCUCCGGAUCCUAGAAAUCGGCGCUGGGACGGGCGGCACGACAGAUCUGAUUCUCCGCCAGCUUGAUCGUGGCGUUGGAGAAAACAGCAUGAGUACAGCCUUCUACUCGUACACUUACACGGACGUGUCGGCGGGUUUCUUUCCCGCGGCGAUGCGACGAUUCCCCCGUCAUCGCUAUCCCAACAUACGCUUCCAAACUCUAGACAUCUCCUCAGAUCCCGAGACACAAGGCUUCGCACCCGCGUCAUUCGACCUCAUCGUAGCAGCCAACGUCCUCCACGCCACACCCGAGCUCGGCCGCACCCUGGCUCACGUGCGGAAGCUUCUGCGUCCAGACGGACGGCUUCUGCUGCAGGAGAUCAGCAUGGAGGCCCGCUGGGUCAACCUGAUCAUGGGCGUUCUGCCUGGAUGGUGGCUCGGCGGCGAGGAUGGGCGCAAGGAGGAGCCGUAUGUGGCUCCAGCGCGAUGGGCCGAAGAGCUGCGUAAAGCCGGCUUCUCAAGCCCUUCGGUCGUCCUGGACGUCGACGAGGAGCCGUUCCAGGCCAACGCCACCAUCGUCGCGGCUCCUGCUGAGUCUGCCCCCUUGCAUGCCAAUCCCGACCUGACCUCAGCUGUCUCCCUGCUCUGUCGACAGCCAGACAGCGGCGUGGCUAAGGCAGCAUCCGACGCAUUGAAGAAACUAGGGUUCCACGAGGUCGAUAUCAUUGGUCUUUCGGAUACGCCACGCGGCACAACGGUGAUAUCCAUCCUGGAUAUCGAAGAGGAGAAGAAGGCCUUCAUCCGGGACGACACGCCCGCGGAAGAAUAUAGGCAGGUUCAGGACUUUAUAUCCACCAAGAUCCCGCCUCCGGAAGCCGGUGGCUGCUUGCUCUGGCUGACGAGACCGAGCCAAAUGCACUGCACUGACCCGCAGUAUGCCGCCAUCGUAGGCUUGCUGCGCGUGGUUCGCAAUGAGACGGGGCUCGCGCUUUGUACACUGGAGAUGGAGGAGGAGGAAGGUGAUUCAGGUACGUUCUGGAAGUCUGUCGUCGACGUGUAUCACAAGAUCCUGCGCACUCGCAGCAGCACGCAGCCGCAGGAUGGCAUGGCGAGCCCAGACUGCGAGUUUGCUUACCGCCGGGGCAGCCUCUACCUUCCGCGCUUCCACUGGGUUUCUGUGUCCGAUGAGUUGGUCGCCACCGAGCUCCAAACCCCCGACAAGCUUGCCGGCAACGCAAAUGGGCAUCUACGAGAACAAGAGCAACAACGGACGUAUAAACGUCUCGAAACCAGUAAACGUGGCUCACUAGAAUCCCUCCACUGGACAGAAAACCGCUUGCCCCUCCCUUCGGAGCUUGCAUCUGAUGAAGUCAUCAUCUCCAUCCGUGCCGUGGGGCUCAACUUCAAAGACACCCUCACAGCCAUGGGGCUGAUCCCCAGCGUCGCGAAAGCCGGGGACGGGUUCGGCGUGGAAUGCUCCGGCGUAGUCCUCGCCGCGGGUCCUAUUGCAUCCGACACCUUCCACGUCGGCGACCGCGUCAUGGCCGUCUCGCGGAACGCAUAUGCCACUGCGACUGUCGUGCGGGCCACCAACUGCGUCCGGAUCCCCGAUGAGCUGAGCUUCGAGGACGCCGCCACCAUGCCCUGCGUGUAUCCGACCGCCAUCCACGCCAUCGUCAACCUGGCAAGGCUGGAAAGGGGCCAGACGAUACUGAUUCACUCGGCCUGCGGCGCCGUGGGACUCGCAGCAAUGCAUGUCUGCCUCAACGUCGUGGGGGUGCCCAAAUCCGACAUAUACGCUACCGUCAGCAGUCCCGAGAAGACGGAGUUCCUGACGUCUACCUUCGGCUUGUCUCCGUCGCACAUCUUCCAGUCCCGCAGCGCCGCUUUCCUCCCGGGAGUUCUCCGCGCUACCGAGAACCGCGGCUUAGAUCUCGUGCUUAAUUCCCUGUCCGGGCCUCUGCUCCACGCGAGCUGGUCGUGCGUCGCAGAAUUUGGGAGCAUGGUGGAGCUAGGGAAACGCGAUUUUCUGGACGGGGGAAGGUUGGAGAUGGCGCCUUUCGAAGGGAACAGAACUUUCUACGGGCUGGAGCUGGUGCCGAUCAUCGAGCAGAGGCCGGCCUUGUUUCGAAAGUUGCUGACUGAGCAGACGAUGAGGUGGCAUAAGGAAGGGCUGCUGCCCCCUAUUGGGCCAGUGGCGAGGUUUGAGGCCGAUGAGGUGGUGAGUGCUCUCAGGAAGAUGCAGGGCGGCAACCAUAUCGGCAAGCUGGUGGUUCGGAUGUGGGAUGAUGGAAGAGCGGACCAUGAUGGGCUUGUUAUAAGUUCUGAGUCAAGGACGAGGACGACGGCAAGUGGAGGAGGAAAGCACCUGUUCCGGGAAAACGUCACUUAUCUCCUAGUUGGAGGGCUUGGAGGGCUGGGACGGUCUAUCGCUUUUUGGAUGGUGCAGAACGGGGCACGCCACUUUGUGUUCCUGUCCCGCAGCGGAGGAGCCAAGCCAGAGGUUACCGCGCUAGUACGCUCGCUCCAAGGAGCUGGCUGCACAGUCCAUGUUGUGGCCGGAAGCGUCACAAACCCAGAUGAUGUCUCCCGUGCCAUUGGCCAGGCUCAUCUGCCCGUGGCUGGGGUUCUUCAGCUGUCCAUGGUGUUGCGGGACGGGCUCUUCGCCAAUAUGCCCCACGAAGACUGGGCAGCUGCCACGGCUCCCAAGAUUCAAGGCACCUGGAACCUGUACCACGCCCUCUCAGCUUCUCAGCAGUCAUUGGACUUCUUCGUCUUGUUUAGCUCCUUCGCUGGCGUUAUCGGAUCCCGGGGACAGGCUAAUUACAGCGCAGCCAACGUGUUUUUGGACGCCUUUGCGCAGUUUGGCCAGAGCAAGGGCCUGCCGGUAGCGGUUCUCGACGUGGGUUCCGUCGCUGACGUUGGCUUUGUGGCCGAGCAGCCGGACUUGCUUGAGUUCUUCAAGACGACAUCUCAUCACAUCCUGCGGGAACAGCACGUGCUGGAUGCUCUGGAACUGGCUGUUCGCCAGCAGCAAAGCUUCCAGAAACCACUGGCCGAGGAUACAGCGGCACAUGCAAUCGAGGACGAGAGCUUCGUGUCCAACGCGCAGCUCGUCCUGGCCCUGCGAUCCACCAUGCCGCUGUCGAUGCCAAACAACCGGAAUGUUUGGACGCGCGACCCCCGCAUGAGCCUGUACCGCAAUCUUGAAGCGGCGGCUACAGACCACCAUGACGAUGGUGCUAACAGCGACAAGAAGGAAGAGGGGGAGGACGCUGCUGUUCGGAAAUUGCUGAACACGAUUGAAACGAACCCGUCUGUUCUCACUGAUGACGAGACUUUCAUCCUCGGCUUGGCCCGCAGCAUCACAAUUGCGGUCUACAGCUUCAUGAUGAAGCCUUACAUCGAGGACGAGGUGGACAUGAAGGUGGAGCUCACUGCGCUUGGAUUUGAUUCUCUGGUAGCUAUUGAGCUUCGCAAUUGGCUCCGACAGCGCCUGAAGCUUGAAGUGACUGUCUUGGAGAUUAUGCGAAGUGGUAGCCUGAUUGGCUUGGCGAGAUUUGGAGCGCGCAAAUGGUCUUCGGCAGCUACUAAGUAA